CAGCAAGUCAGGCAGUCCUCCUUACCCACGAGAGCUUCUCAAAAAGCAAUCAAUGCCCAUGCUCGCCCACCACUCUCCCCUUCGUCCAACCCACAUCCCCACCCCUCGCACACCUCCGCCUCAGUCCUGCUACGGUCAGGACUCGUCAGACGAUGAGCCUGGUUUUAAAGAACAAAUAUAUAAGCCCAACAAGAAAGACCCUCUUGAUAUUGAAGUCGCUGCCAUUGUCAACGCUAACCCUGUACCUAUUCAGUGUGAGCGUGUUUCCCCAGGCGUUGGUCGAUACUACUUUGGUAACGAGCUUAGUCCUACUCUUGUUGGUGGCAAGAAAAUGUAUACAUGUAAGCUCAUGAACUACGCUGAGCGGGACUCGCGUCGUGGAAGAGGACAAAAGGGCCCGCGCAACAAAGUACUUGUGCGUGUUGGUGGCGGGUGGCAGGACCUUGAGCUCUUUCUACUCCAUCAAGCCAUACAUUAUUAAGUACUUCAUUCUCACUAUUACUCUUUCUACCCCAAUUCCCAAAAAGCGCAUGUCAUACUCGCCUGCAUUGUUACUUCUUCUUGUCUUCAUCAUUCAUUUUUGUUUUUUUCAUAUACACCUCAUCCUCGCACGCCAUUUAAAAUAUCAAAUAAAUCAAUAAAAGAGAUACAAUCUUCUAUACCAAUU